AAUCAAACGUGUUUUUGUUUCUGUGUAUAAGUAUAGUAAAUUAAUAACAGUGCGGAUAUGGUAACCCUACAAUUCUUUGUCGCUUCAAUUUCCUUGCAUAAAAACACAACAUAAGUUUAAAAAAUAUAUAUAUGCUUGUGGUGACCGCAACGAACAAAGUGUUCUUUCAGUAACAGUUACCGCCCCUGGUCGGACAUAACAAAAUGGCGUCAGAUUCGAAGUUGAAAUUUGGAAAGAGCGUAAAAGAUCGUCUGGAUGCGUUAGCCUGCCCAUAUGUAGAGGAUGCAGAUGAAGCAUGGGUUACGGAGCUUGUCUUCACACCUGGUGAACCAAGAAUACGACUUUUACAAUGGCUUUUGUCAAAGUUUGACACCAAAGCAGGGGAGUUGUUGGAUACCCAGCAUUCAUUUGCAGAGACUAAAAUGGACUCCAGAAUACAAAAGAUCCUUUAUAUUACCAGCAGCCUAGGGUUGUGUCGUUACAAUGAUGUUGAUCUCAUUAGGGGCAUGGAAUCAGCCUCUGGGAGACAGGCUGCAUUUUUUAACCGGCUGCUGGAUAUUGUUACAAUUUGUGAUAUGGCUGAAGAUCCCAAAACAAAGCACAUGAUAACACCUGGAACUGUCAGUUCUUCAAGAUCACUGGAAGAACAGUUGAAUGCAGAUACACGAUUUAUAGACACACUUGCAUCAUCUCAUCUAUCAGAAUGCAUGGUGACCCCAACCAUUGACCUUAUUCCUCCUGACCUCCAGCGCCUUAUGCCAGUAGACAGUCCCCAACCACCCAGCUUUGAGUCACUUUUAGUAACAUGCCGAAAGGUGGAAGAAAGUAUCAAACGCCAGCUGGAUGUGCUGGUCAAAUUACAUGAAAGGCCAGCAUAUGAAAGUGGGCAAAUGCAACUUGCAGGUCGUACACUAAGUAUAGUAUUGCAUGAGUUGGGGCAGCUGACUUUAAGUUUUACCUUGAGCUGUGAGACACAUUUGCGGCCCUGGUGUAAUCGGCCUCAGCCACAGUUGUCACACCUGGGUCCAACACUUAAGCGAGUCCAUGGCCUCCAGCAAAAGUUCUUUCAGUUGCUGAUGUCAUUGCACCAGAUCCGACAGACAUGCACCAGUCUUAGUCAAGAUGACAUCAGUAAAGACAUUAAAUCCAGUCGAUACACAGAGCUGUUUGAGGAGGCAAGCCAAGCUGCAGCAAAGACAUUUCAGAAAUGUGUGGAGGUUUUGGAGGUUUCUGUGCAACGGCAAAACCAAAGUCCAUCAACUUCCCUAUGCUCAUCAUUUGUAAAAUCUUAGAUAUCUGCAGAAUUUCCAGUGUGGGACCAGUAAAUGAACUUGUUGCUUUUCACGAGCUAUUUUUGUUAAGUCCUAUUAUUUAUUCACACACUGAGUAAUAACCAGUGAUGCCUGUAAUAAAAAGAAGGAAA